GCUGUGCGAGCCAUGCAUAACGAACAGCAACAAUCACCAGAUGACAAAACAUACGACAGCAUACGAUUUGGUGACUUUAAGUCUUACAUGGAGAGAAAGAAAAGGAAGUUGAAGGAUCAGGAGCAGCUAAUCCUGGCUGCUAGCGAUGAGAAAUCCGAAAUCUUCAAAGGACUCAUCAUUUAUGUCAACGGGUAUACAAACCCAUCACAUUCGACUCUUAAAAAGAUUAUUACAACUCAUGGUGGAGAUUUUCAGCACUACUUAUCAAAGUCAAAAAUUACCCACAUUGUCGCCAGCAACUUGACGAAUGCCAAGAUCAAAGAGUUCAGCGCCUACAAGGUUGUACUCCCAGAAUGGAUAAUGGACUCUGUAGAGGCUAAAGUGCUUCUUCCGUGGCAAAAUUACCGGCUUAAUUCUCCUGUAGAAGUGCAUCAGAAGGAGCUCAGCUUUCAGACGCAGACACUGUCAAGUAGCUCUAAUCCGACUGUCGAUAGUCACAACAAAUCCAGCCAUCUUCCGCCGGCUAGCUCAAUACCAAAGGAAGAAUCCAAAAAAGCUAAUGAAUUACCACCUCAAUAUUUAGCAAGAUCACCAAAAGGUAAAGAGGUUGCUCAAAUAACAGGUUCCGAACUCAACCUCUCUCUAUUAUCCAAUGACUGGGCACGCAAGAACAGCUCUAUAAAUCCAGAGUUUCUGGAUAAAUACUACACUACAUCUAGGCUGCACUAUCUUUCAAUGUGGAAAGCAGAACUGAAAAGUAUUGUAACCAAGUUACGCAUUCGACAUAGUAGUCAAAGUCAAAGGAGGAAAAUGCCCAGAACUGAGAAUUCGAAGAUCAUGCAUAUUGAUUUUGAUUGCUUUUUUGCAUCAGUGGGCAUACGGGAUAGGCCACACCUUCAAGAAAAACCGGUUGCAGUAUGUCAUUCCAAAGGCGUUAUGGAAUCCUCAUCUGGGGCAGUCGCAUCAUGUAAUUAUGUAGCUCGAAAGUAUAAAAUACAAAAUGGAACGACUGUGGGGCAUGCUCGAAAACUUUGCCCAGAACUGGAAGUCAUACCAUACGAGUUUGAUAAAUACAAAGAAGUAUCUGAGAAAUUUUAUGAAAUACUAUUUGAACAUGCUGAUGACCUUGAACCAGUCAGUGUGGAUGAAGCAAUCAUAGAUGUCACCAGCUCUAUCACAGACUCUAUGACGAUUGAUGAAUUCGCAACAAAAAUACGGUCGGAAAUUCGGGAAUCUACAGGCUGCGAAGCUAGCAUAGGAUGCGGCUCAAAUAUACUUUUAGCAAGACUUGCCACCAAAGUUGCCAAGCCGUGUGGCCAAUAUUUUGUGGAUCAUAACAGCAUUUUGGAAUUCCUCAAUCCAAUAUCGGUGUAUGACCUUCCUGGGAUUGGCUAUGCCAUGGGUGAAAAAUUGAACAGAAUGAACUUGAAGACCUUAGAAGAUCUCAGGGCAUAUACAAUGAAGGCACUGCAAGAUAUAUUUGGAAAAAAGACUGGCGAAUCUCUCUACAAAUUUGCACGAGGGAUUGAUGAUCGUCCUUUGUCAUCUGGACAGCCUCGACAGUCUGUCAGUGCUGAAGUAUCGUGGGGGGUUCGCUUUGAAAACGAUGAUCAAGUACGAGAGUUUGUGCUAGGAUUAUGCAAAGAAGUAGAAAAGAGAUUGAGGAAUGUGGGGUGCAAAGGAAAAUCUAUCACAAUGAAGAUUAAAAGGCGAAAGCUAGAUGCGCUAGAAGCAGCAAAACAUCUUGGCCAUGGGAUAUGCGAUAAUUUUUCCAAAUCAGUCUCAUUGGAACAGUAUACGGAUGAUGCGCUCUUCAUAUUUGACGAAGCUAUGAAAUUGCUUCAAUCGUAUCAUUUUGAAUCCGUUGAUAUUAGAGGAUUAGGCGUACAAAUUCAGAAAUUGGACAAUGAUGUCGGCAAAAAUCCGGUUGAAGAAGGGCAAUCCCUACUUCCAUAUAAGAAAAAGCAGAAGGUAGAAAACGAAGUUACAUCAACAGAUCAUGCUCCCGAGGAAGAACCUGAUAUUAUUACCAAAGUGGACGACACUAUCUUCAAAGCAAGUUCUUCUACUUCUACCUCGAAAAGAUUGCCUAUGGAGGUAGAGAGACAAGCCUUUCACGAACUUCCAAUGGAUAUUCGUAAGGAGCUUGAGAGAGUAUAUGAGCUUAUUUUUCUCGCGGAGACAAAUGAGCAUAAUAGCAGUUCUGAAAAUGUCAUUCCAGCAAGCUUGGAGGACGAUUUGCAUAUUCAACAUGAGAAAGGUAAUGUCAAUGGAACAGAAAUCAUUCAUCAAGUCGGUGAUAAGCCUACGAAACUAUCUACGAAAUCAGAAUCUUUGCCUACCCAUGAAAACAACAAAAGUGUUAGCGUACCAUACGGAACGACUCAACAUGAACUUCCGCCUUGGUCGCAGUUAAAUCCUACGGAUCUCCUUGCCAUGCCGGAUAAUAUGAGAGCAAAAGUACUGAAGCAAUACAGUGAACGGGAACAGGUUGCCGCGACUAAAAAGCGACCUAUUUCACCCUCUCAAUCUCAUCAAUCUCCCAAACGACCAAGAACGAAGAGAACUCCUGGACCAAAGACUCCUACACAUCAAAAUGACUCUAUUGGAGCGAAACGAAGCUUUACCCUUACGCAAAUGUUCCCUCCUCAAAGUCCAAGUAAACAUAGAUCAGCGGUGAAUACUGUGGAUGAUUUGUCGGAAUGGGACCCCAACGUGCUCAAUGAAUUGCCCGCUGAAAUACGUGCUGAGCUGCUUGACGAGCAUCGGCGCCAGAGAGAGCAGAAACACAGAGAUCUACAAAAUCAGUUGGAUUCUGCAAAGACACUAGCUACUACUCUAAAGUCAAACCCAUUCACUGUAGUGUCCAAAUCAGAACCUGCGUUAAUGGGUAAAACUGAUAUAUCGUCCAUUCGAGAUAUGCUAAAAGCUUGGCUUUUGGCAUUCAGCAAUGAACCAGAAGAAGAAGACGUAGAAACCGUUUCCAAAUACGUUUUGAAGCUCGCGCGGGCGCGAAACUUUCACCAAGCACAACUGGUGGUUCAAUACCUUGCCAUGCUCGUAAAUCAGGAAUUUUGUCAAUCGCAAGAAUCAUCUGAGCCCAUCGUAGUAGGAAGUGUAUGGAAACUCUACGUCGAAAAGUUGAGGAAACAGCUAGACCGCGAAGUAUACGACAUUUACAAAUGUACAUUGAAGUGGCAAUGUUAAUUACUCUUAGAUACAGCUUAAUUGCAUUUUGUAUUAUACAACGAGGUU